AUUGAAUAGUGGGGAGCAGGGAUAGGAAAGGCAGCCAACGGAGGGAUUCUGUUACAAUCUGUGCGUUAAUCUCUUCACAGGCAAAACCAAACAUAAAUUCUCUUUCCAGUGAAUCUCAAGAUGCAAAGAAACUUAGUUCAUCUGAGAAUGACACUGUAUAGGUAUCUUGACCUCUUCAUAUUCCUUAGAAUUUACCAUCCUUAAGGACCCACACGGGAAACUCAGAAACGGACCCGAAAAGUUUUGCAAGAUCCUUUAGAAUUGAAAUUACACAUAUUUCUUUGUUUGAUUCAUUGACUUAGUAAAGAGAUUUCCAUAUGAUCCCAUGGAUUUAAGCGGGCCCAUUGCGUUGUGAUUCUUGGUAUAUUUGUUGCAAGUGAGUUUUUGAUUUUCGGGGUUGAUAGAUAUGAUACUACAGGAGCAAGAGAAGGAUGGAAAUAUGUGCAACCAUGAAGGAGGAGGAGAGAAUGAAGAAGAAGAGCUGUUAAUUCCUCCUUUCAAUUUUUCAAUGGUCGACAAUGGCGUUUACAGGUCUGGAUUCCCCAACACCAUCAACUUCCCCUUUCUGGAGACCCUUCAUCUUCGUUCAAUCAUCUAUCUUUGCCCAGAGCCAUACCCAGAAGCCAACAGGGAAUUCAUACAGAAUCAUGGAAUUAAUCUUUUCCAUUUCGGCAUAGAAGGAAACAAGGAGCCUUUUGUUAAUAUACCAGAAAAUGUCAUACGAGAAGCAUUAAAGGUUUUGUUAGAUGUUAGGAAUCAUCCUGUUCUGAUUCAUUGCAAGCGAGGAAAGGUAAAAUAUUAUGCAUCGCAGUUUAUAUUAGUUAAACCGAGAGAAACUAUAUGUUUCUAUACAUUCCCACUCUUACCGCUAUCAUUUGUGCAGCAUCGUACUGGCUGCCUGGUAGGUUGCUUCAGAAAAGUACAGAGUUGGUGCUUAUCAUCAAUUUUUAAUGAAUACCAGCGAUAUGCUGGAUUGAAAGCAAGACACUUAGAUCAACAAUUUAUCGAUCUGUUUGAUGCGUCCAGUUUUAAACGUUCAGGUUUCACAUCAUCACAUUUUCCUGGUCCUCCUACAUUACGAUCAUAAGUUGAAUUAUUUUCCACUGUUCAUUUUUUAAAAUAUCUCAGAAACUUGAAGCUUUUGCAUAAUGUCAUCGAACAAUGUAUUGUUUGAAUACUAUCAUUCUCAGGAGGCCAUAUGUAAUAUGCAGCCCUUUAAACAAUCCAUUUUCAGUUGAUUGGCUGUAGAGAAAUUUAUUUCAUCUGGCACACUUGGCUUGAUACAACAAAGAAGCCAUUUUUUGAUUCCACCUGACAAUGUUUUAUAAUUAAAGAUGAAUCAAUUUAAAAAAGAAGGUUUUUUAUUUA